AUGCAUCUGAUCUUUUUUCCCCAGGGCAAAGUGGCCAUCAGCUCUUCCAGCCCUGUUGUGGCAGCUUCCUUACCAUCCCCAUCCCAGGCCAGACAGCCACUCGUCAGCACCGGGGAGAUCUUCAAGCUUCCAGGCAGGCUGAGAAUCCAGCCCUCACUGUGGAGCAAGGAUGACGUGAUCCACUGGCUCAGAUGGGCUGAGAGGGAAUAUUCCCUUCGGCAAACUGACGACAGCAAGUUCGAGAUGAACGGCAAAGCCCUGUGCAUCCUCACCAAGGAGGACUUCAGACACAGAGCUCCCAGCUCAGGUGAUGUGCUGUAUGAAAUACUCUGCUUCAUCAAGACUCAAAGAAGAGCUCUGAUGUGCAGCCCUUUGCUGAACUCACCCUUUGGGAAGCCCAGGAGCACGGAGGAAGGGACAGACUGCAGUGCUGAGGCUUCCCCAGUUGUUCCCUCAUGGCUGGGCUGUGCAGAGCAGCCUGUGUUCCACAGCCAUGUGGAGCCACUGAACCUGUCCCAUCACAGCUCAGAGAGUGGCUGCAGGGCAGGUGCCAUCUGCUCCUCGCCCACAACCCCGUCAGCCCCGCUGGAUGGGAAAAUGGCAGACUGCAGGUUGCUGUGGGAAUACGUGUACCAGCUC